AUGCCUCCAAUAGUCGUGUUACCAGACUUAGACGUGGCCAAAGAGGUCAACGAAAAUGAUGGUCACGUAGAAAUGGACUUCCUGAUGCCAAAUGGCAUCUUCAUUCCCAUCCGAGUAGACUUUUAUGACUCCAUAGAGAAUAUCAAAUUGAAACUCUGGAAGGAAGCAGAAAAUUAUCCAUUGUUUAAAACUCUAAAGAGAAUGGAGAAUUAUUGCUUCACAUACAUCAACCAACAAGGGCAAAAGGAUGAAAUAGUCGAUGAGGACAUGAUGCUAAAUGAGUUCAAGAUAGCUGCCCGUUUUCUGAAAUUAGUGAAAAAGAAAGCUGAUGAUAAAACUCGAUCAUUGAGUAAAAGCACAAAUAAUCUGAUUGGAAUGAAAGGUCAACAAUGCAUUGAUCACCAAGCAGAAGUGUCUCAUGACAUCACAGACUUUCGCAGAACCAUGUCUGCUUAUUGCAAAGAUAUUGUCAAUCGAAGGAACCAGGAUUUAUCAGGCUUUUUGAGGUUCCAGUACAAACAUCCAGUAGGAAUCCUAAACCAUUCCGUGUUACCUGAUUACAUUCAGAACAAGUUAAAGGAGGGCAUGGUGCUGACAAUCCACAUCGAGGAAACGGGGGUAAUUUACACAAUGAAGAUUGAGGCAGAUAAAAUCCCAAAUGACCUAAUUGCCAUGGCUCUGGAGAAAUGGAGGACCAACACUGGCAUGCAGAAUUUGAAGGUCUCUGACUAUAUCCUGAAAGUGAUUGGAAUGGAGGACUAUUUGUAUGGGGAGUAUCCACUGAGAUCCUUCAAGUACAUAUUCCGAUGUCUCCUGAGAAACAUAGCUCCGGCCCUGUGGCUGAGGCCAAAAAGUAAAGUCAUGGAAAAAGCAAAUGACCUUGACCACAACCCCUCCCGACCUCACCCCGAGCGGCCAUGUAAGCCCAGUCUACGAGGGAGGAACAGCAUCACAUCCUGGGACAUCCAUGUUAACUUCAAACUGACUAUCAACUCGGUCUCUAAAAUCAUCGUGGAUGAUAAUAGCAAGGUCAGACUCUAUGUGGGAUUAUUCCACGGUCCUGAGACACUACGAAUCGACCAUACAAAGGAUGCCCUGGUAUACUCCGAGACUGUGUGCUGGAAGAAUGAGUUAGAGUAUGAUAUUAAAGUCGAGGAUAUUCCACGAGACUGCAGACUCUGCUUCGCUCUCCAUAUAAGGAAAAACAAGGAAUACUCACUGCUGACUUGGGCCAAUAUCCCAUUGUUUGACUACAAAUCCAGACUUCUGAAAGGGAAUUAUAAGUUACACAUGUGGCCUCGUCAGGAGCAUAUGGAAUUGUAUGAUUCCUGUAAUCCCAUAGGCACCGUGGCUAUGAACCCACAAGUGGACCACUCUACCACCCUAGAGUUCACUGUCCCUGACUUCAAAAUCCAAUCACACAUCAUGUAUCCUCAACAUGAAAAGGUUUUACAAUGUGCAAGUGAAAACAUGGAGGAGAAGGGAAAACCAGGGUCUCCUAACUGGCAUCCCAGUAAGACCCACAUUAUCCAGUUUGAGGAGGUGAUGAACGAUGACAAGGGAGGUAACCGACAGCUGGCCGAGCAGGAGAAGAGCCUUAUCUGGAUGAUGCGGUACGAGAUCCGCGACAACUACGACCACGCGCUGCCACUCCUCCUGAACGCCGUCAAGUGGGACAACCACAUCGACGUAGCCAAGAUGAUGGCCCUCCUUCAGUCCUGGCGGCCAAUAGAACUACAGCACGCCCUGGCCCUGCUGGACUUCCACUACACAGACACAAAUGUCCGAGAGUUUGCAUGUAAAUGCCUCGAGGAACUCAGUGAUGAUGAUCUGUCUCAGUACAUGCUACAACUAGUCCAAGCCCUGAGGUUCGAGUCACACCUCAUGUGCCCUCUCAGUAAAUUCCUGCUGUCUCGGGCUCUAGAAAACCAACAUUUAGGACACCAUCUUUACUGGCUGCUGAAAUCAGAGAUGCAUGAAUCCACAGUGACUGUGCGUUAUGGCCUGAUGUUAGAAGCCUACCUCAAGUCGUCUCAAGAUCAUCUUAUGAUUCUCAGCAAACAGCAGGAUAUCCUUAUCAAACUGUCCGCUUUUAGUGACAUUGCCAAAAAUCCCAAUAAAAAAAUGCAAAAGAACAAAGAUGAUGUGAAGAGACUGAUGAAACAAAAAAUAGACAUCUUGUCUGGACUCUAUAGUCCUCUAACACCUCAAAUCUCCCUUAAAGAUCUACUGGUUGACAAGUGUAAGAUCAUGGACUCCAAGAAGAGGCCUUUGUGGUUAGAGUGGACAAAUGCUGACCCUAAAGGUCCUAAUAUUCUCAUCAUGUACAAAAACGGAGAUGAUCUUCGACAAGAUAUGCUGACCCUGCAGAUUUUACAGAUCAUGGAUAACAUCUGGAAAAACGAGGGGCUUGAUCUCAGGGUGAACCCCUAUGGUUGUAUUGCCACAGGAAGAGAGGAGGGGAUGAUUGAAAUUGUAACAAACUCCAUGACCAUCUCUAAAAUCCAGAAGUGGUACAACAAAGGGGCAUUUGCCAAAGAAGCUCUGUAUGAGUGGCUCAAAUUUAAAAACCCCAAUGAAGCUAGUCUGUCUCAGGCCAUUGAUGAGUUUACCUAUUCCUGUGCUGGGUAUGCAGUGGCCACUUACAUCCUGGGUAUUGGUGACAGACACAAUGACAACAUCAUGAUGAAGGAGUCUGGACAGCUUUUCCACAUAGACUUUGGCCAUUUCCUUGGUAAUUUCAAAUCCAAGCUAAACAUAAAGAGAGAGCGAGUUCCAUUCAUUCUGACGUCACAUUUUGAGUAUGUCAUCAGAAGAGGAGAGAAGGACAAGGAGAAUUUUGACAGGUUUCAACAGGUGUGUGAGCGAGCCUACAUGAUUAUCCGAUCUCAAGGAGCUCUGUUGAUCCGUCUCUUUAUGAUGAUGUUGUCUGCUGGGAUUCCCCAGCUGACCAGCGUCAGCGACGUGGAUUAUCUCAAGGACACGCUGGCCUUAGAUCUGUCAGAGGACGAAGCCAGGAAGAAAUUCAUUGACAAGUUUAAGGAGGCCAAAAAUAAGAGCUGGUCUACUAGUGUCAACUGGGCUAUCCAUAACAUGGCCCAUAAAUAAAAGGCAGGUCAGACUCAAUAAAGAUGGGUGCCAGUAUAUGACUAGUUCACUUAGAACUCAGGUGUGAAAUGUACUAUAUUUACAGAAGUGCCUUAAAUCAUGAAAAACUACAACAUAGUCACAUUUCGUAAGGGGAUAUUAGCAAAAUAGCUAUAUGUACCACAUGAUAUUUCUUAUUUUAAUUUAACUAAGAUAUGGUGCACCAUUGAAAAAUAUUUCCAUUGGAUUACUUUGCAUAAUACAUUAUUUAGUUAUAUUUUGUGAUAUGAGAUAAUCUUGCUUUUUUUUCACAUAUUAGAUGCACACAUGCAUGUACAAUGUGCAUAAAGAAAAGAAAAACUGUCUUUUUCCCUCAGUAUAAUUUGCUAUGAAUGCUAAUUUAUUUUUGUCGUAAGAAAAAUAAUAACAAAGUACAUGUAUUAAUUGGCCACCAGAUCAAUUUUUUGUAUUGAAUUCUUUGUAUCUCACUUUUUAUAGCAUCCAGUGUAUUUACUUUAGGGAGCUUGAUGACUCAAAAAGUUUGAUUUUAAAGAAAAAAUCUUAUGAGUCAAGGCCUUGUAAAAUUGGCUGAAAUUCUUAAUGUACAGUUAGAAACAAAAGGUUUUUUUUGAAUAAAGUUUGGUAUGAAACUUUUUCCCCUUUAUUUUAACCAACCAUUAGCAUAUAUUUCAAACAUCCAACAAAUUAUUUAUUUCAUAUGGUUUCAUUUUUUCAGCAAUUACACUUGAACCAUUUUUGUGUCAGUGCCAUAACCAUACUUUUGAAAUGAACCUUUUACCAAUUAAACAAAUAACUACAACAAUUUUUCAUUAAAUGAAGUCACAGGUGUUACAAAGAAGAACUCGCUAGUUGUUAAAUGAAAUCUUUAUUAUAUACAUGUAGUUUGGUCCUAUUGAGAAUUGGGUCAUAUUUAGGAGAUUUUGGUGGAAGCCCGCUCACUUGAGGGUCUCCUCUCAGUAAUCAUGAUAUGCCUCUAAAGCUCACCAUUAACCAUAACAGUGUGUUCCUGAUUAGUAUUUAAUACCAACAAAUUUAAUAAUUUUCUGGGUCCAUUUCAUGAACUACUUAAUGGACAUCUCUACAAAGCUUUUGGAUGUCAAGAAAUCCCAUCUCAAAAGAGCAUUCUCCAAGAUUUCUUAAUAUUUGAAGUUAUAUGAAGUACUUUAUAUUUCAUACAGUUAAAAUGUUAAAUACUGUUUAGAAAUAUAUGUAUCUUGUACAAUGCAAUAUUUUAAUAUUUUUCUUAGUCAUUUUUUGUUUUGUUUUAUUUUUUAUUCUACCAUUGUAACGAUCAAUAUUUUAUUUAUUUCAUGCUCUGCACUAGACAUGUAUACAUGUAUAUUGUUAAUAUGCAGUAUUUUAACAAUUUAACACAAAGCUGAGGUACAAUGUAUUUUAAUUUUGGUAUUUACCUUCUUUGAUUCAGAUUCAAUUAUUAUUUUUAAUUAAUUUUGGUUUGAUCUCUUUCAUUUUUUCCUCAGAUAAACUAUAUUCUUGUAUUCAUUGGAACAAUCUUGCAGACAACCUAAAUUCAAUGUACUAUAUACUCUGUAUUUAUACUCUAGCUGUUCUCUAAAAUUUUGUUCUUCUGAAUCUUUAAGUAUUUUUCUUCUUGCCAAAGAUAAAUAUUUUGUAUAUGAUAUACAUGUAUAAGUAAAUACUACAUGACAUGACGAAAUGUUUAUGUGCAAUGUAAAUAACAAAUGUAGUUUGUAUAUGUUUAUCUUUUAUGUAAUUCCUGUUCAGUGUCCUGAUUAUAAUUCAAAGGACUAUAUCCUGUAAUAACCAAUAGCUGCCCUGAAAUCAAACAUAGAAGAAUAAAUCUGUACUAAUUUUCUUCUGCUGACUUAAAAACCAUGCAUACAUUGCCUUUUUUCAUCAGCCAUGAUUUCAUGUUUUUAAUAUGAUGUAAAUUCAAAUUUUCAAUGUUUUUAAGAGAAAAAUGUAUUUUACAUCAAUAUUUUGAUUAAAAAUCGAUGAGGGCAGGUCUAGAUGUUGUUACAACAGUGUAUAAUAACUUCUGUUAAAUCAGAUUUGUCUUUCAAUCUAUACACUGUACCAUAGUGCACAUCAUUAGACAUUUUCAAAAUCUGGAUUUUAGUGGGGCAAAAAUGUGCUAUUACAGUAUAUAGUCCUUUUAGUAUGAAAUGCUUAUGUUUUUUGAUAUUCAUGCAUAUUUUAAUGUAAUUCAUUCCAUUUUAGUAUUCCUGGUGCUGUUUUAUUCUGAUGCAGAUUUCGAUUUGAGAUCACUUAAAAGUCUUUACUUGUAAUAGUCAUUUGAUAAAAGUUUAUAUAAAAUCAUGAAGUGACACAUUCCAUUUUUUAUAUGUUUUUUUUUUAUUGAUUGUUUUUGUGACCAGUAAGUCAUUUUGUUAUAUUUUAUGUAAUUUUAUUGAUGCUUAUUUUUGCUGUAUAGAUAUUUGUCUUUGGUCUAUUUUUAGCUUUAAAUGAAUUAGUUAAUUGUUAAUGGAGAUGAAUGUCAUCUAAAACUUCCAUGCAUAAAUUUUUUUGUCACAUUCCUAUAAUAUUGUAACAUUCCACAAACUGUUGAUCUAUUAAAUGCUACUCAAUUGUUGAAAUAAAAGUAUGUUAUUUUAA